CACCUGUCAGAAAGAGCAGAGCGGCCUAGGCAACUAGGACACGCAGGACUGCGUUCACAGACUAACCAAGCGAUCUGUUCAAGGGCGCCUGCGCAGUUACGACUCAGAGGCGUGGCUAACGGGGGUUUAGGGUGGUUCAUCCCAGGAAGUCUUGGGUAGGUAGGCGUCGCACCAGGAAGUAAAGCGCUUCCGCGACGAAGCGGUGAAGUCGCUUGGCGUCGGGUCUGAGCAGCAGGUGAGGCAGGUUACAGCUACCCGCUGGGGAUGGCUCUUUCUGUGGAGACCGAGUCGCACAUCUACCGAGCUCUGCGCACUGCCUCUGGGGCUGCAGCCCAUCUUGUGGCCCUGGGCUUUACCAUCUUUGUGGCUGUCCUUGCCAGGCCUGGCACCAGCCUGUUCUCCUGGCACCCUGUGCUUAUGUCUCUGGCUUUCUCUUUCCUGAUGACCGAGGCUCUACUGAUGUUUUCUCCCGAGAGUUCUCUGCUGCGCUCCCUCUCACGGAAGGGCCGAGCACGCUGUCACUGGGUGUUGCAGCUGCUAGCCCUGUUCUGUGCUCUGCUGGGCUUAGGUCUUGUCAUCCUCCACAAAGAGCAGCUUGGCAAAGAGCACCUGGCCACGCGGCAUGGGCAGGCAGGGCUGCUAGCCGUGUUGUGGGCAGGACUGCAGUGUUCCGGCGGGGUUGGGCUACUUUACCCCAAGCUGCUGCCCCGAUGGCCUCUGGCAAAGCUCAAACUGUACCAUGCCACUUCUGGGCUGGUGGGCUACCUGCUGGGUAGUGCCAGCCUCUUAUUGGGCAUGUGCUCACUUUGGUUCACUGCCAGUGUCACUGGUGGGGCCUGGUACCUGGCUGUGCUAUGCCCUAUCCUCACUAGCUUGGUUAUCAUGAACCAGGUAAGCAAUGCCUACUUAUAUCGCAAGAGGAUUCAACCGUGAGCUCUUCCCAGUUGAAAGAAAGCCUGGAUUUGUACCUUGGCAAAGGAGCCAGGGCUGGGGACCUCCUGGACUCUCUCAGCUGAUUGGGUCAGAGGACCUUUCAGGUAUUGGGGCACUCGGGUAGGAGACCUGUGUGGCAUUUUUGCUCUUCAUGCUAGAGCGCCUCUUUUCUUUUUCUAUCAUCCCAGAGGAGCAUGGAUCAUGUGUCCAGAUAAAGUUGGGGUUGUAGCACUGUCUCCCCAGCAAUGAAGUUUAUAUUUGUACUCGUAUGUCCAGAGAUUAUGGACAGAAAAAGGUAAAAAUAAAAAAAAAAUUGAAAAGAGUGA